GAAUAUGUGAUAAAGUGUGAUAUGUCAGCACUGCAGAAGAUUCUGUAUCGCCACAUGCAAGCAAAGGGAAUCCUUCUUACUGAUGGCUCUGAGAAAGACAAGAAGGGAAAAGGUGGAGCCAAAACUCUUAUGAAUACCAUCAUGCAGCUGAGGAAAAUAUGCAAUCACCCAUAUAUGUUCCAGCAUAUUGAGGAAUCCUUUGCUGAACAUUUGGGCUAUUCAAAUGGUGUCAUCAAUGGAGCUGAGCUUUAUCGGGCCUCAGGGAAGUUCGAGCUACUUGAUCGAAUUCUACCAAAGUUGCGAGCCACUAAUCAUCGUGUGCUUCUUUUCUGUCAAAUGACAUCACUUAUGACCAUUAUGGAAGAUUACUUUGCUUUUCGAAACUUUGCUUACUUGCGACUUGAUGGAACCACAAAGUCAGAGGAUCGAGCCGCUCUGUUGAAGAAAUUCAAUGAGCCCAAUUCCCAAUACUUCAUUUUUCUGCUGAGCACAAGAGCAGGAGGUCUGGGUUUGAACCUUCAGGCAGCUGAUACUGUUAUAAUUUUUGACAGUGACUGGAAUCCUCACCAGGACCUGCAGGCCCAAGACAGAGCUCAUAGAAUUGGGCAGCAGAAUGAAGUUCGAGUCUUACGAUUAUGCACAGUGAACAGUGUAGAGGAGAAAAUCUUGGCAGCUGCAAAGUAUAAACUGAAUGUGGAUCAGAAAGUUAUUCAGGCUGGCAUGUUUGACCAAAAAUCUUCAAGCCAUGAACGAAGAGCUUUUCUCCAGGCCAUAUUGGAACAUGAAGAAGAAAAUGAGGAAGAAGAUGAAGUUCCUGAUGAUGAGACUCUGAAUCAGAUGAUUGCACGAAAUGAAGAGGAAUUUGAUCAUUUCAUGCGAAUGGACAUGGAUAGGCGCAGGGAGGAUGCUCGAAAUCCAAAACGCAAACCACGCUUGAUGGAGGAAGAUGAGUUGCCAUCUUGGAUAAUCAAAGAUGAUGCUGAAGUUGAAAGGCUUACAUGCGAAGAAGAAGAGGAAAAAAUAUUUGGGAGAGGGUCCCGUCAGCGUAGGGAUGUGGACUACAGUGAUGCUUUGACUGAAAAACAGUGGUUAAGGGCAAUUGAAGACGGCAACUUGGAAGAAAUGGAAGAGGAAGUUCGGCUUAAAAAACGUAAAAGGAGAAGAAAUGUGGACAAGGACUCAGGCAAAGAAGAUGGUGAGAAGGCAAAAAAGAGGAGAGGAAGACCUCCAGCUGAAAAAUUGUCACCCAAUCCACCUAAACUGACAAAGCAAAUGAAUGCCAUAAUUGAUACUGUGAUCAAUUAUAAAGAUAGUUCAGGACGACAGUUAAGUGAAGUCUUCAUUCAGCUGCCUUCCCGAAAAGAAUACCCAGAAUAUUAUGAGUUAAUUAGAAAACCAGUAGACUUCAAAAAAAUUAAGGAAAGAAUUCGUAAUCAUAAAUAUCGGAGUCUCAGUGACUUGGAGAAGGACGUCAUGUUGUUGUGUCACAAUGCUCAGACUUUCAACUUAGAAGGAUCACAGAUCUAUGAGGAUUCCAUUGUUCUCCAGUCAGUCUUCAAAAGCGCACGGCAGAAGCUUGCCAAAGAAGAUGAAAGCGAGGAAGAGAGCAAUGAGGAAGAAGAAGAUGAAGACGAUGAGUCAGAAUCAGAAUCAAAAUCUGUGAAAGUGAAAAUUAAGCUAAACAAAAAGGAUGACAAAAACCGGGAUAAAGGGAAAGGCAAGAAACGCCAGGCUCGGGUCAAAGCCAAACCAGUUGUGAGUGAUGAUGAUACUGAUGAGGAUCAAGAUGAAAAUGACCAGUCAGAAGCAAGUGGAAGUGAUGACGAGUGAUCCAUAAAGUUAAAUAUUCUUAAAGACAAAAUUUCUUCUCUCAAUUUACACCCAGUGAAUUCACUUGGUCAGAUAGGCAUUGGGGUGCUUCUGUAUUCAUAUCAUCUAUAAAUUAACUUUAGGGUAGUACCAGACAAACAUAUUUCAUGGUGUAAAAAAAAAUGUAACAUACUGUGACCAAAAAGGCCUCAAAGGAAAAACAAAACAAAAAAAACCUUUUGAUGGAAAAAACAUGGGUGGAUAGUAUAUUUCUAUGGGUUGGAUUUAGCUAACUAAUGAUUUGACAAUUCCUGGGUUCAAUAUUUGAUUAGAUGCUCUCAACUGGCAUCAGGAACAUUUAAAAGAAGUCUUUUGUAGCAUUGCUAACCAGGAGCCAUUAAAAGCAACUGGUGAUUUUAUUUUUCAUCAGGCAAUUUUCCAAGUUUUAUUAGUUCUGUAUCUGUUUUACAUUGUGCUACAUAUAUACAGUUUUGUUUAAUAGCUUCUAAAUGUACAGUAGCUAGCCUCUACCCUGCUCUAUACCAUUUGUUGCUUCAGUUUAUGCUCCAUGAUCUCUUGAAAAAGAAAUGCUUUUUGAACUGUAUACAUGGAAUUUAUGUCCACUGUAAACUUUACUUUUUCUCCCCUCCCCUCUUUUUUCCCCUUGAUUAUAAAAAGUUGGAUUUAAAAUGCUGUUAAAUAUUGCAAUUAUAUAGUACAAUGAAUGGCUUUUUUCAUCA